AUGGUCCGCCUCCGUCUCGGUGCGAACCAGUCUGGCCUUGGAGGCGGUCCUCCUGGUCAGGGAGGCGACAACAAGGACAAGAAGGAUCCCAAGAAGGAUAAGCCCAAGUACGAGCCUCCGCCACAGCCUACUACCCGCAUCGGCCGCAAGAAGAGAAAGCAGGCCGGCCCUAACGCUGCUGCAAAACUCCCUAAUGUCUAUCCUACCGCUCGCUGCAAGCUCCGAUACCUGCGCAUGCAGCGCAUCCACGACCAUCUGUUACUAGAGGAGGAAUACGUUGAAAACCAGGAGAGACUGCGCAAAGCCAGAGCUGCUACCACUCAACAGCCAUCCGCCACUGCUGAUAGCGAUGCUCUGGACCGCAACGCCGACGAGAGAAGCCGUGUUGACGACAUGAGAGGCAGCCCUAUGGGUGUCGGCAACCUUGAGGAGCUUAUCGACGACGACCACGCCAUUGUUUCGUCUGCUACUGGCCCCGAAUAUUAUGUCAGCAUCAUGUCCUUUGUCGACAAGGACCUGCUUGAACCUGGCGCCAGCGUUCUUCUGCAUCACAAAUCCGUCUCGGUCGUUGGUGUCUUGACAGAUGACGCCGACCCUCUCGUCUCUGUCAUGAAGCUCGACAAGGCCCCUACCGAAUCAUAUGCCGACAUCGGUGGCUUGGAACAGCAAAUUCAAGAAGUCCGUGAAGCUGUCGAGUUGCCCUUACUCCAUCCCGAGCUGUAUGAGGAGAUGGGUAUCAAGCCGCCAAAGGGUGUCAUCCUUUACGGUGCUCCCGGAACUGGAAAGACCCUACUUGCCAAGGCCGUCGCAAACCAAACCAGCGCUACCUUCCUGCGCAUCGUCGGUAGUGAACUGAUUCAGAAGUACUUGGGUGACGGUCCCAGACUCGUGAGACAGCUCUUCCAAGUCGCCGCCGAGCAUGCCCCCAGUAUUGUCUUCAUCGAUGAAAUUGAUGCUGUCGGUACGAAACGUUACGACUCCACUUCCGGUGGUGAGCGUGAAAUUCAACGUACUAUGCUUGAGCUUCUGAACCAGCUCGAUGGUUUUGAUGAUCGUGGUGAUGUCAAGGUCAUCAUGGCCACCAACAAGAUUGACACAUUGGAUCCUGCACUUAUCAGACCUGGCCGUAUCGACCGCAAGAUUCUCUUCGAGAACCCAGACCAAAACACCAAGCGCAAGAUCUUCACCCUCCACACCUCUAAAAUGUCCUUGGCCGAUGAUGUUGACUUAGAAGAGUUCAUCAACCAGAAGGAUGACCUUUCAGGUGCUGACAUUCGUGCCAUGUGCAGUGAAGCUGGUCUCAUGGCAUUGAGAGAGCGCAGAAUGAGAGUGAACAUGGCCGACUUCAGACAGGCCAGAGAGAGCGUGCUCAAGACCAAGAGCGAGGGCGAGCCUGAGGGUCUUUAUUUGUAG